CAGCACAAUUGACACAGUUCAUUAUUGAUUUUUCUAUUAAGAUGAGUGCCAAAUAUCUCAAAAUCUUCAGAACCGGUUUAAAAAACUUUUUACUCAACGAGCCGAGAGGUUCUUGUCGACAUUUUCACUUAACAAGUCUUUCUCAAGCUUCUAAUGUUAUGUGUCGUGACGCCCUAAACAGUGCUCUUGAUGAAGAGCUUGAAAGGGACGAGAGAGUCUGCAUCAUUGGAGAAGAGGUAGGACAAUAUCAAGGUGCAUACAAAGUUACCCGAGGUUUGUACGAAAAGUAUGGUUCUAGGCGCAUAGUUGAUACUCCGAUCUCGGAGAUGGGUUUCACUGGUUUGGCUGUAGGAGCUGCGUUUAAUGGGUUGCGACCUAUUUGUGAGUUCAUGACUUUUAACUUUGCAAUGCAGGCCAUCGAUCAGAUCAUCAACUCAGCAGCGAAGACGCAUUAUAUGUGCGGAGGCCAGAUCAAAGUUCCUAUUGUAUUUCGAGGUCCUAAUGGAGCUGCUGCGGCCGUAGCAGCACAACACUCUCAGUGCUAUGCUGCUUGGUACGGAGCCGUACCUGGUUUAAAGGUAGUUGCUCCCUAUGACGCAGAAGACUGUCGGGGUCUUUUAAAGUCUGCGAUCAGAGAUGAUAAUCCUGUUGUGGUUCUAGAGAAUGAAAUUAUGUAUGGUAAAGCGUUUGAUCUAAGCGACGAAGUUCUAAGCAAGGAUUUCUUAAUUCCAAUUGGCAAAGCGAAGAUUAUGCGCGAAGGAAACCACCUUACUAUGGUGUCAUUUUCCAAACUGGUUGGUUUUUGCCUGCAAGUGGCAGAUAAACUUGCAUCAGAGGGCAUAGAAUGUGAAGUUAUCAAUCUUCGUUCAAUUCGACCUAUGGAUAGGGGAACCAUUAUUAGAUCAGUUAAGAAAACUCAUCGUCUUGUAACAGUUGAGGAAGGCUUUCCCUUCUUUGGAGUUGGCUCAGAGAUUGCAGCAAGUAUUUUUGAAAGCGAUGCUUUCGAUUAUUUGGAUGCACCAAUGCAAAGAGUGACUGGUGCUGAUGUUCCCAUGCCAUAUGCUGAGAACAUUGAGGCAUUGGCAAAGCCUUCCAUCGAAGAUAUUACAAAAGCGUGUAGAAUGGUUUUGGAGGGUGCAAUUCCAAAGGAGAAAGCAAAGGCUGCGUAAAGUGAAAACGCACUCUAACUUGUUUUCUCGUGAAUGAAGUUGUUUUUGUAUUUGUAGUUUUU